GUUGCAGGUAUACAUGUUUGGAAACCCAAACCCUACGCAGACGACUCGAGGCUCCUCCUCAGAUCAGAUCGUCCAAAGACACGGCGGCGGCGGCCAUGGUGGCCUCGCUCCCGCACGACCUCCUCCUCGACAUCCUGCUCCGCGUGGACGACGCGGCCGCGCUCUUCCGAUGUGCCGCGGCCUCGUCGCCGACCCCGCCAUGCUCCGCCGCUGGUGGCCGGAGGACGUGCGCCCCUCCCUCGCCGGCUUCUUCAUCAAGAACUGGGUCCGUGAUCAAGAGGCCAGGGCGCUCGUCCCCACGCCACGGUCGUCGCUGGGCCGCCGGUGCCGCAGCCUCCGCUCUUUCGUGCCCACCGUGCCGGACCGGGCGGUACCGCUGGCCUCGCGCCGCGGCCUGCUCCUCGUGCGCCUCGUCCCGCCCCGUGAGGCGGACCUCGACCAGACGGUCCUCCGUCUGGCCAUGUGCAACCUGCUCCUCGGCACGUGCGACGAGCUUCCUCCUCUAACACGCACCACCUCCGUCGGGUACCGUGACUAUGGAUGCUACUGUUGUGCCGUCCUAUCCGGUGACGACUGUCGCUCCGGCGGCGGGCGGCGAACAGCUAGCGGGCAACUCGCCCUUCCACGAAGUGCUAAUCAUCACGGCCGGUUAUGAGGGGGGAUGGACUAUGUUUGAUAUCCACACGUUCUCGACUGACAAACUGAGCUGGAGUACAACGCGCUCCCUUCAAACUAUGUGGGGCAAUACCCUCGGAUCAUUCUGUCAAACCGAUGCCGUCGUCUGCCACGGCAUCGCGUACUGGCUAUUUCGUGACGAGAGGCGACGGUGUUACUGUCUUGUUAAAAUGACUAUCCAGAAGGGCUAUCUCAUGUUCGGGUGGCCCCCGGUUCUGAUGAUGCUUGACCGAAAUCACCGUCCGUGCCUUAGCCUGGCAAGCGAUGGCACACUCUCCCUGCUACAGAUGCAAGAGAGAGGUUCCAAUCUAGAGAUAUGGGGAGCAAAGAGCCAAGAGAGUCCGUAUGGUGUCUUGGAGUGGCUCCACCCUAAGACGAUCGAGCUGAUACAACCACAUUGGAAGAAGAAGACCCAAGGAAAAGACACGCUUUACGUACUAGGAGAGAAGUGUGGCAAAUUGCUUGUCAUGAACGGGCGCGGGCACGUGUACACCGCCGACCUCGAGACCGGAGCAAUGAAGGAGGUAGCGGAUGGGCCUCACGUACGCCCCAACAGCCCUCUGGAUGCCGUGCUCUUGGAGAUGGACUGGCCGGCGAUCUUUGUUUCACGUCUUGGUAACGACAGUGGAGAGGCAGCUACAAGAAGGAGAAGCCGAUACAAGGGAAGAGGCAGUAGGAAGACUCAUAGCCGUGCCUAGGCAGCAGAUAUAUGGGUGUUGUUUGUGUUUUUCUUAUUUUGUUAGUGAAUCCGGGACUUCCGCUCUCAUGUCUCAAUGGAGAGGCAGCUGCAAGAAGGAGAAGGCGACACAAGGGAACUCGCAGCCGUGCCUAGGUAGAAGAUUAUAGGAAUUAAUAUUA